AUGGAUAUGGCAAAGCUUAAAGAGGAUCUUCAGGAUACAGAACAGUGGGCCCGUGCUAAUAAUGUGGAAAUAAAGGGAGUUCCACUAUCAAAGUCUGAGAACUUAUACGAUAUUGUAGCGAAGAUCACUAAAAAUAUCAAGUGCACCAUACGUAAAGAAGAUAUCAACUACAUUGCACGCGUACCUAGCUUAAAGUCAGACUUUUCUAAAUCAAUUAUAAUGGCUCUAAAUAACCGCUACACCAAAGAGGAGUUUGUGGCAGCUGCGCGCCAACACAAGGGUCUUUCCAUUCUGGAUCUCGGAUAUAACGGAGAAGGGAAGGUAUUUAUUAACGAUCACCUUACCUUGCACAAUAAGGCACUUUUAAAGAAAGUAAAGGAAUUAGCCUUCGAAAAGCAAUUUAAGUACGUAUGGGUGAAACAUUGUAAAAUACUGAUAGAGAUUUGGGGUUCUGCAUUACUUUGCACUCGCUCGAGCUUCGUGAUGCUGAAGCCCCAAUUCGGAUAG